AAAGAGAGCAUCAAGGGAAAGCGAAACUCUAUAUAAACGUCAAAACUCACAACUAAACGAUUCACAAACAAACACAAAACUGCAACGAACAAUGGCGAGCGAAAAUCCUGAAACCACCAACAAACCAUCGUCCACGGACAUGGACCUUAAGAAAGUCUUCAACCAGUUCGACGCCAACGGCGAUGGUAAGAUCUCUGUCUCUGAGCUCGGCAACGUUUUCAAAUCCAUGGGAACGUCGUACACGGAGGCUGAGCUCAACCAAGUCUUGGACGACAUCGACAUCGACCGCGACGGUUUCAUUAACAUGGAGGAGUUCGCCGCCAUCUGCCGCUCAUCCUCCUCCGCCACAGAGGUCCGCGAAGCAUUUGAUCUCUACGACCAGAACAAGAACGGGUUGAUCUCGUCCUCCGAGAUCCACAAGGUUCUCAACCGUCUAGGUAUGACGUGCUCCGUCGAAGACUGCGUGAGAAUGAUCGGGCGUGUUGACACUGACGGCGACGGAAACGUUAACUUCGAGGAGUUCAAGAAGAUGAUGUCGUCACCUGAGCUACUCAACAAGCAAUCCGCCUAGGGUUCCGAUUUGCCCUUCUUUUUAUAUAUGGAUAUUGAGAUACAUGGUUACAUAUAAUAUUGUAUGGUACUUGUUUACAUUUCUAGGUUAACAAAGAAAUAGUUCUCUUCCUAUAUAUGGAAUGAUGAACGUCUUGCCUAUGCAAGUAUGAUUACUUGCGAUAUAAGCAAUCUAUAUACAUAUUAAAACUUCGGGUUUUAGUGUCUUUUCUUUGUGUUUUCUCGGCAUUGCAUCAGAUUAAGUUGGAUCUAAUAUGAAAGGACUGCAUUAAAUCGAAUGCAAUUCAAAAGACAAACUAAUGGAUAAUGAAAUUGUCAUA